AUGUUGCUCAGCAAGGAGCAAAAACACACAAUUGCUGAGCAACAACACACAAGAACAGAACAGCAGGUGCUGGACGCCAUGGUGCUCAGCAAGGACCAACAACACACAAUUGCCGAGCAACAACACACACUUUCCGAGCAACAGCACGCGACAAAAAGAAGCACCGAACAGCAGGUGAUGCUGGAUGCCGAGCUCCAGCUCUGGAACCACACCUUCGGCUACGUCAAGUCCAUGGCGCUCAAGGCCGCGCUGGACCUCGGCAUACCGGACGCCAUCCACCAGCACGGCGGCUCCGCCACGCUCCCACAGAUAGUCACCAGGGUGACGCUCCACCCGUCCAAGACGUCAUGCCUGCGGCGCCUCAUGCGCGUGCUCACCCUCACCGGCGUCUUCGGCGUUCAGCAUCACGACGGCGGCAACGGCGACGAGCUCGUCUACAGGCUCACACCGGCGUCCCGUCUCCUGGUGGGCGGCUCGUCGGGGCAGCAGAACUUGAGCCCGUUCCUGACGCUGAUGCUGGGCCCCCUCUUCGUGUCGUCAUUCCUCGACCUCCGCGGGUGGUUCCAGCACGAGACGCCCGACCCGUCGCCGUUCAAGAUGACGCACGGGCGGGACAUCUGGGAGCUGGCCGCCCACGACGCCGCCGGCUUCGGCAGGCUCUUCAACGCCGGCAUGGUCGCCGACAGCGACUUCAUCAUGGACGUCGUGGUGAGGGAGUGCGGCGCCGUGUUCCGGGGGAUCCGCGGCUCCCUCGUCGACGUCGCCGGCGGGCUCGGUGGCGCCGGCCAGACCAUCGCGAGGGCGUUCCCGCACCUGGAGUGCACCGUGAUGGAUCUCCCAAACGUCGUCGCCGGUGCUCCCGCUGACACCACCGUCAAGUACGUCGCCGGUGACAUGUUCGAGAGCGUUCCGUCGGCGGACGCUGUCUUCCUCAAGUGGAUUAUGCAUGACUGGGGUGAUGCCGACUGUGUCAAGAUAUUAAAGAACUGCAAGAAGGCGAUACCGGCUGAAGGAGGGAAGGUGAUAAUACUGGAUAUCGUGGUUGGAGCAGGGUCGUCAUCGUCCGACCGGAAUGUGGAGACGCAAUGCUUGUUUGAUCUCUUCAUCAUGUUUAUCAACGGUGCCGAGCGAGAUGAGCGAGAGUGGAAGAAGAUUAUCUUCGAAGCCGGAUUUAGAUCUUACAAUAUCAUACCUGUUCUGGGCAUUCGAUCCAUAAUCGAGGUCUACCCGUAG